AUGGGCCAAUCACGUUUAUUCAGCCCUCUUACAGUUGGGAACAUGAAACUCACCCAUCGAAUCGGAUUAUGUCCCUUGACGCGGUAUCGUGCAUCUGAUGAGCAUGUACCCCUCGACAUGAUGGUGGAUUACUACGCCCAGCGAAGUUCUGCGCCGGGGACACUUCUCGUAACCGAGGGCACAUUUAUCUCAGUUGAAGAUGGCGGCUACGCCAAUGCUCCUGGAAUCUACAAUCAAGAGCAGAUCGACAUGUGGCGCAAGAUCACAGAUGCUGUUCAUGCCAACGGAUCCUACAUUUUUUGUCAGCUCUGGGCUCUCGGACGCGCUGCCGACGCCGAGGUUACCAAGCGUGAAGGAACAACUAUUUCUAGUUCCGAUGCUGUGGCAAUCGACUCAAAUUCCCCGACACCCGAACGACUCAGUGUUGCCCAAAUCCAGUCUCGGAUUCAGAACUAUGUCACUGCCGCCUUGAACGCUGUUGAGGCGGGGUUCGAUGGCGUCGAGCUCCACGGUGCCAACGGUUAUCUGAUUGAUCAAUUCAUCCAAGACACAUGCAACAAGCGGCAAGACAUCUAUGGCGGUAGCAUUGAGAACCGAUCCCGGUUUGCUGUCGAGGUUACAAAGGCGGUCUGUGAAGCAAUUGGACCAGAAAAGACUGGGAUUCGGUUGAGCCCUUGGAGCAUUUUCAACGGAAUGAGGAUGGAUGAUCCAAUUCCACAAUUCUCCGACGUCAUUCGACAGCUUUCUACGCUUAACAUGGCCUAUCUCCACCUUGUCGAGUCUAGGAUCGCAGGAGCUGCCGAUGUAGAGGCAUCAGACAAGCUUGAAUUUGCGUAUGGCCUUUGGGAUGGUCCAAUCCUAGUUGCAGGUGGGCUUAAACCCUCCACAGCACGAGAACUUUUGGACCAGGAGUAUCCAGAGAAGAACAUAGUUGCCAUGUUUGGGCGAUAUUUCCUGUCGACGCCAGACCUGCCAUUUCGGGUUGAGAAGGGUUUGGAGCUGAAUUCCUACAAACGUGAGACGUUUUACACGCCAAAGUCGGUUGUUGGAUACUUAGACUAUCCUUUUAGCAAAGAGUAUCCUUUAAAGAACUAG